GAAGGAGAAGAAGAAGACCGUUUCCAAGGAGACGGCUGACACUAUCGAUAGCUGAGCGCUUCAUAACGACGGAAUCCAUCAGGAUGUCGUUUUUAUUUGACUGGAUCUACAGAGGGCUUAGCAGUGUUUUACAGUUCUUGGGUUUGUACAGAAAGUCUGGGAAGCUGGUUUUCCUGGGUCUAGAUAACGCUGGUAAAACAACACUCCUGCACAUGUUGAAAGAUGACAGACUUGGCCAACAUGUACCAACACUGCAUCCAACCUCAGAGGAGCUGACAAUUGGUGGAAUGACAUUUACCACAUUUGAUUUAGGAGGACAUGUACAAGCUCGCAGAGUUUGGAAGAACUACCUGCCAGCUGUGAAUGGGAUUGUUUUUCUUGUUGACGCUGCUGAUCAUGAAAGACUUGCAGAAUCAAAGACUGAACUCGAUGCUCUCCUUUCAGAUGAAACCAUAGCCGGUGUACCAGUAUUGGUGCUGGGUAAUAAAAUCGACCGCCCAGAGGCCGUCAGUGAAGGAGCACUGAGAGGAGCUUUUGGUUUAGAUGGCCAGGUGACCGGAAAGGGAAACCUCUCUGUGAAUGACCAGAGCGUUCGCCCGCUGGAGAUAUUCAUGUGCAGCGUUUUGAAGAAACAAGGCUACGGGGAAGGCUUUAGAUGGCUAUCACAAUACAUAGACUGAGAGGAUAAGUUAAGAAAAUCUAAAGAUUAUCAACCAAUGAAAAUUAUAAUCUUGGAAAGAAAAAACGUGUUAAACAUUUCAAUUUUUCUAUGCAAACAAAAACUGCUUUAAUAAUGUGAGAAAGUUGCACGGCGUGUUAAGUACUUAAUUAGAAUACAUAAACCAUCUGUAGGAUUGUAGAUUUAUAUUCUGCUGACUUGGAUUAUUUGUUUAACGCAUCAGCUGCUUGAUUUAUAAAUGUAUUAGUGAGUGAAUGACGACACACAAGGACUCGUUUAGGGUAGCUUAAAGCUUGUCUGAUUUCUGACAGAUAUGGCUGGGAUUUAGAUUAGAUUUUUUUACAAGUUCUACUGCAAAUGAGGAAAGACAGGAUUAAUUUUGACCUGAUGAUGCGCAGCCGCUACCUCCAAAGCACAAAGCCAAAUAUGUAUGCUAAUUUCUUGGGGAUUAACAGAGAGAUGGAUUGGAUUCCAACAAGAUUUCUUUUUUCUUACUGAGCACCAAACCAGAAUAACACUAAAUCCCCUCAACAAACCAGAUAUGAGGGUGAACAAACAGAAGCACUAUUGGAGGAUUCAAAUUAAAAAGCUUAUCAAUGAGAAUCCUUUCAUUUAUUUAUUUAUUUUUAUUUAUUUAUUUAGGCUUCCACGGUUACAAGUUGAUUACUAUUAACACUUAAAUACAUAUAUCAUCAUCCAUCAUGUUACCAAAGUCUUAAAAAGAGUUUCAAAGAGUUAUAGUUGUUUUUUUCAAGCUACCAGUUUGAAAAUAUAACGGUGAUAUUCUAUUCAUGCGGACUAAGAAACCUGCUAAUGGAGUAUUAUCGAUGUGUUCUGUUCAAAGAAUUGACCAAUAAAUAUAAAAAUUUGAUGCUAUUUAAUAAUAUAUUUAAUAAUAGAAUAAAAAAACAAUAUUGAGCAUUGCACUUUAUAAAAAUUAUUUUACGUACAUAAGUCACUUUUAUCUGAAAAAUCAGCCAUAUGGAAACCAAUAUUUAUAUUGGUUACAGCUAAAAGCAUAAUCACUUGAACCGCUAUGAUUUCUGUCUUUCUUUUCUUUCAAAACAUUUUACUUUGAAACAUUUAUUUUGUGAUUUGAAGACAAAAAUUAAUGGCUUUUUUUAUAGCAUCACUAUAACAUCACUAACGAUGACUUCCCUUUAAAAUGUGAAAAAGUAAACAGCCAGGUUCAAUGAAGCAUUAUUAUUAAUGCCUCAUAUAGAGUAUGUCCCUAAGGGGUCAUUCACAAUUUUUUGAAUGCUCACCUACAAAUGUAAAAAAAAGCAAAAGAUGUUACAUUUAACUGGUAAGCUGCAUAGUUUCAUUAUUGUUUGUCUCUAUAGCAACAUCCCUGAGAAAUUAUUUAUUUAUCGAAUUAUUUUAUUCAUAAUAUCUGAAUUGUGUAAGUUUGAAUGACUUCUGGAAAUGUAAGAAAGCAAUAACAUGAAUAGCCAGCAGUAUUGUAGCAGAGAUGACUUAACCCUGAAAGUAAGUCAAAGGCUAUAAUUAAUUCUCCAUCCGUUCUUAUUUUCCAUUUGUUCGUAUUAAGUGCAGCAUUAACUGCAGCCGUUUCUGUUCUUCCUGAUAGUUAUGGUCUUUCUUUAAUUAAGCUCAGACUUAUAUCCAAUUUAAAGUGAAACUUAAUGGUUAGCAAUAUUUUUAUGCGCAAGUAGCAUUUAAUUUUUAGUGCUUCUAAUGUACUUUUUGAUUAUCUGAAAAGAUAUGAGAGUGCACUUUAGAAAAUGAAUAAAAAUGAGUGUUGUGGUCGGUUAUUUAUUUUUUUUUUGUGUAGGAGUUUCUAUGGAUAAAAAAACUGUGUUAGUCUCUGUCCUACAAAACCUAAAGAAAGAAUAUUUGAUCUUUGAAUCUAACCAUUUUCUCCAUAUUUUAUAGGCAAGCUAACCUUUGGAAUGUUAGGUGUAAUAAUGAUGCAAAUAAGUAAAACAUACAAACUUUUUUAUACAGAAUACGGGUGUUAAGUCUUAUUCUGUUUGGUUGGAAAGUUUACUUUGUGUUGCUGAACUACUGUAAAUCAUGUAUAAUACAGAUGUUAAUUCUUGUACAGCAGCCAGCUUUCAGUUGGCAUUAAAAGGGAUGGACGUUUUUAUUUCUCUAGUAUUAUAAUAAAUAGUUUGGCAAAAGUAAAAUGCUUAAUGACUAAACAGAGAGUGUAUUUCACAAAAUGAAUAAGAGAUGUAAUUCUUGUAAGGGAUUUAAUAUAAUAAAAUUUUAUUUUAUAUCCAACU